GGGAGGGAAAGAGAGAGAGAGAGAGAGAUAUUUAAAUAACCAUCAGUCGCUCUUUCCCUCUUUCCUUCCAUGUCUUCAAGCCCGCCCAACAACAACAAAAAAGGAGCAUGCUCAUCCCCUCAAUGGCCGCCAUGAACGCCACAUACAAGAUCCACCAACUUGUCAACGCUCCAAGCAGCCCUCGGAGUUUCUGGCAGUCGGAGGCGAGCCGCGGAGUCCAGAUUGCAGCGACUCUGGUUAUUUUCCUGGUGGGCGUACCUCUGAAUGUGCUGGUGGUUUGGGCACUCGGACAAAGUCGACGGCGGCUGAUCCGCAGAGGCAGCGACGGCAGCGGCGGAGGAGGCGGAGAAACCCGGGCGGCCAACAGCUUCCGGAUCUACGUGCUCAACCUGGCCCUGGCCGACCUGGUCCUGAUCCUGCGGACGCCCCUCAUGUUGGGCUACCUGGCCCAGCACAACAGCUGGCCCUUUGGCUCCGCCCUGUGCCGCCUGGUGGUGUUCCUGCGAGGCCUGGGCUUGUACGCCUCCGCCUUCCUGGUCUGCGCCGUGGCCCUGGAGCGGUGCGUGUGCCUCCUGAGGCCCGUGUGGGCUCGUCUGCGCCGCCCCGCCUGGGCCGUGCCUUUGGCCUGCGGCUUACUGUGGCUGCUGGCCACCAUCUUGUCCGCCCCCUACCUCCACAGCGCCGUCUUGAGGGAAACCAACGGCACGUUCCAGUGCUCGGAGAGCGCCACCUUCGACACCGGCCUGUUUGUGUCCGAGACCGUGGCGGGGUUCAUCUUGCCCAUGUUGGUGUUUUUAGGGAGCCAUUUGGCGGUUUUACUCUCCAUCAAGCAAGUGGGGCCCGUGUCUCCCACAUCUUCAUCUUCAUCCCCCUGGGCCGCACGCAGGACCAGCAGGAUGUACCGCGUCCUCUUCUUCACCAUGCUGCUCUUCCUGGCGGGCUGGGUGCCGUACUUCGUGUGCCGCCUGCUGCGCGCCCUCGCCCAAGGACGAGCAGACCGAGCCGCGCUUUACCAGGCAGCGUCUCACGGGACCUACGUCUCGCUCUACCUGGUCUACGCCAAGAGCGCGCUCAACCCCGUCUUGUACGUGUUUGCCGCCCGGGGCCUGGGCCGCGCCGUGCGAGCCUCGGUCACCUGCGCCAUCGGGCGGCUCUUCAACGACGACGCCGCCGACUCCAUACGGAACAGGUCGCUCAAAAACUCACAAACAAACAAACGUUAGCCUCUUCAUCCAAGUGCUAAAGGUCGUGGCCCGAAGCGGAGUCUUCGAGGGGGGGGGGGGGGGUCCGCAGACGUCCUGCAGGGGGUCGGUGUGAAGAAAUAUUGUUGUAUUCAUCUUAGCACGUAAAGAUACAGUAGCUAACCAUUAAGACUUUAGUUCCCUGCGAGCAACUACCGCGCCAGUUGCCAUCUUGCGAUUAGCGCACCAGAUAUCAGCUCACAAUUAGCAUGCUAGUGGUCAGCUAGCAACUAGCGCACCAGUUAUCAGCUAACAAUUAGCAUGCUAGUUGUCAGCUAGCAACUAGCAUGCUAGUUGUCAGCGAGCAACUAGCGCACCAGUUAUCAGCUAACACUUAGCAUGCUAGUUGUCAGCGAGCAACUAGCGCACCAGUUAUCAGCUAACACUUAGCAUGCUAGUUGUCAGCGAGCAACUAGCGCACCAGUUAUCAGCUAACACUUAGCAUGCUAGUUGUCAGCGAGCAACUAGCGCACCAGUUAUCAGCUAACACUUCGCAUGCAAGUUGUCAGCGGGCAACUAGCGCACCAGUUAUCAGCUAACACUUAGCAUGCUAGUUGUCAGCGAACAACUAGUGCACCAGUUAUCAGCUAACACUUAGCAUGCUAGUUGUCAGCGAGCAACUAGCGCACCAGUUAUCAGCUAACACUUAGCAUGCUAGUUGUCAGCAAGCAACUAGUGCUCCAGUUAUCAGCUAACACUUAGCAUGCUAGUUGUCAGCGAGCAACUAGUGCACCAGUUAUCAGCUAACACUUAGCAUGCUAGUUGUCAGCGAGCAACUAGCGCACCAGUUAUCAGCUAACACUUAGCAUGCAAGUUGUCAGCGGGCAACUAGCGCACCAGUUAUCAGCUAACACUUAGCAUGCUAGUUGUCAGCGAGCAACUAGUGCACCAGUUAUCAGCUAACACUUAGCAUGCUAGUUGUCCGUUAGCAACUAGCGCUCCAGUUAUCAGCUAACACUUAGCAUGCUAGUUGUCAGCGAGCAAUUAGCGCACCAGUGAUCAGUGAACACUUAGCAUGCUAAUUGUCAGCCAGCGAUUAGCGCGCCAGCUGUCAGCUAGGUACUAGUGCACUUAGUGUCGGCAACUGGUUAGCGCAAGUUUUCAGUUAGCUAUUAAAGCACCAGUGGUCAACUAGCUACUAGCAAACCAGUUGUCAACUAACUAUUGGCGUGGCAAUUCUCAACUAGUUAUUAGCCUGCCAGUUGUCAACAAGCUAUUAGCGCACCAGUUGUCAACUAACUAUUAGUGCAACAGUUGUGAACAAGCUAUUAGUGCAACAGUUGUGAACAAGAUAUUAGCGCACCAGUUGUCAACAAGCUAUUAGCGCACCAGUUGUCAACAAGCUAUUAGUGCAACAGUUGUGAACAAGCUAUUAGCGCACCAGUUGUCAACAAGCUACUAGCUCACCAGUUUUCAGCCAACACUUAGCAUGCCAGUUGUCAAUUACCAUGAAUUGAUUAGCGUGGACCCCGACUUAAACAAGUUGAAAAACUUAUUAGGGUGUUACCAUUUAGUGGUCAAAUGUACGGAAUAUGUACUGUACUGUGCAAUCUACUAAUAAAAGUUUCAAUCAGUCA